GAGAGAGAAAGCUAGAGGGAGAGAGAGAGGAUCCGACUUACGACGGGGAAUUUUUUUCCGGUGGAAAGACGGAGGAGAAGUUGAUUUUUCUCCGGCGGGGAUCUCUACAGGACCAUAGGAACGAGAGGAGAAGUGAGAGGAGGUGGAGGAAGCGGAAGAUGUCGGACGAGACUGUGAAGUUUAGCGUCCUAUGCAGCAUGUUCCAGGCGAUGGUGAGGGCCAAGUCUCCGGUCAUGAAGCGAAAGCAUUUCCGGACGUUCCUCGAUCACGUCUACCGGACACGGGAGUACUUCAGCGCCAUCAGGCUGGUCCUGCCGGCGCUCGACAGGGAGAGGGGGACGUACGGGCUCAAGGAAUCGACGCUGGCGACGUGCUUGAUCGACGCGCUCGGGAUGUCGCGCGAGUCGCCGGACGCUGACCGGCUCAUCAACUGGCGAAAAGGAGGUGCCAGGGUCGGCGCUAACGUCGGGAAUUUCGCUCUGGUGGCUUUUGAGAUUCUACAAGCCAGACAAGGGGUAGCUUCUGCAGGGAUUACCAUUAAGGAGUUAAAUGACUUGCUCGAUCGUUUGGCCUCUGCUGAGAAGCGGGAAGAGAAGACUGCUGUCCUCUCUGAGCUCAUUAAGAAAACGAAUGCUCAAGAAAUGAAGUGGAUUUUAAUGAUUAUACUUAAAGACCUGAAGUUGGGAGUCAGUGAAAAAAACGUCUUUCAUGAGUUCCACCCAGAUGCUGAAGACCUGUUUAAUGUCACGUGUGAUUUGAAGUUAGUGUGUGAGAAACUGAAAGAUCGGACUCAGAGGAACAAAAGACAGGACAUUGAGGUUGGAAAGGCAGUUCGUCCUCAACUGGCAUUGCGAGUUAGUGAUGUGAAUACUGCAUGGAAGAAGCUGCAUGGUAAACAAGUGGUUGCAGAAUGCAAGUUCGAUGGUGAUCGUAUUCAAAUUCACAAGAAUGGAUCAGAGAUACACUUCUUCUCAAGGAAUUUCCUUGACCACUCUGAAUAUGGACAUGGAAUGUCAGAGGCUAUUGAGAAUAACAUUGUGGCUGAUAGAGUCAUUCUUGAUGGUGAAAUGUUAGUCUGGGACACUACAAGUGGACGAUUUGCAGAGUUUGGUUCCAACCAGGAAAUUGCCAAGGCAUGCAGAGAUGGAUUAGAAAGUGAUAGGCAGCUUUGCUAUGUUGCCUUUGAUAUUCUUUAUGUGGGAGACACCAGUGUAAUCCAUCAAAGCCUCAAAGAACGACAUGAACUUCUUCGUAAUGUAGUGAAACCAAUUAAGGGACGGCUUGAAAUUUUGGUGCCGGAUGGAGGCCUUAAUGCUAAUCGUCCUUCUGGUGAACCUUGUUGGUCUCUUCUUGUAUACAGUGUGGGGGAAGUUGAAAAGUUUUUCAAGGAAACCAUUGAGAACAGAGAUGAAGGAAUUGUGCUGAAAGAUCUUGGUUCGAAAUGGGAACCAAGUGAUCGUAGCGGCAAGUGGUUGAAGUUAAAGCCUGAUUACAUUCAUGCUGAGGCAGACUUAGAUGUGUUGAUCAUAGGUGGAUACUUUGGCUCAGGACGUCGAGGUGGUGAGGUUGGCCAGUUUUUGGUUGGACUUGCAGAAAGAUCAACUUCAAGUGGCCAUCCCACACGGUUCUUCUCAUUCUGCAGAGUUGGUUCUGGACUUUCAGAUGAUGAGCUUGAUGUUCUCAUAUCAAAGCUGAAGCCUUAUUUCAGGAGAAAUGAGAAUUCGAAGGCGGUCCCAAACUUCUAUAUAGUUACAAACAAUGCAAAGGAGAGACCAGAUGUUUGGAUAGAUAAUCCUGAAAAAUCAAUUAUACUUUCUAUUACUAGUGAUAUUCGAACUAUUAAGUCUGAGGUAUUUGCUUCACCAUACAGUUUGAGGUUCCCUCGUAUACAGAGGGUACGAUAUGACAAGCCUUGGUAUGAGUGCCUUGAUGUGCAAUCAUUUGUGGACUUGGUUCAUUCCAGUAAUGGCAACACUCAGCAUGGAAUGCAUGUUGGGACAGACCAUAUAACAAAAGAAAGAAGUUCCUCAUCAAAGAGACAGAAAAGAACUCUUGCUGUUCCUUCUCAGUUCAUUCAGACUGAUGUCUCUGAUAUUAAGGAGCAGAGUUUGGUGUUCACAAACAUGAUGUUUUACUUUGUUAAUAUUCCACCUACAUAUUCUCUGGAUUUCUUUCAUAAGCUUGUGGUUGAGAAUGGUGGUUCUUUCUCAAUGAACUUAAAUGAUUCAGUCACUCACUGCAUAGCAGCAGAAAGAAAAGGGAUCAAAUAUCAAGCUGCUGCCUGCCGUGGAGAUGUUAUCCAUUACUCGUGGGUCUUAGAUUGUUGCUCACAGAAACGCUUGUUACACUUGCAACCAAAGUACCUGCUGUUUCUUUCUGACUCCUCCAAAGAGAAGUUGCAAACAGAGGUUGACACACUGGGUGACUCGUACUUUUUGGAUCUUGAUGUUAGAGAUAUUACACAGCUAUUUGACAACAUGCACAAAGUUGAAUAUUCUAGCUCCAGUAAUUACUAUAAGAAAAAAUAUUUUCCCACUGGAAAAUGGUCUUUGUUCUGGGACUGCUGUAUUUACUUCUGCCAGCCGUUGCAGUCUGUGGACUUGGAUAUGAAGGUUCUGUCAGAGAUUGUCUUGAGAAGGCUGAAGCUUGAAGUCUCCAUUUGUGGUGGCAAAAUUAGCAGCAAUAUUGCUGAUGCUACCCAUUUAGUGGUAGUGUCGUGCGACGAGUUUCACAUGGAUUUUGAUAAAAUAUUGGAGAGCUUUCCUGCUUCCAUGGCUCCUAUUCUCCGAAGUGAACGGUUGCAUGUUCUGGGCGGCAAAUGGUUGGAAGAUUCCCUUCUGGGCCAUAAAAAGGUGGAAGAGCAAGCAUACAACUUACGUCCAAAAUCCAUGGAACUAAGUGGAUCGGACUUGUUGCUACCUGCUACUGAUGAUAAUGAGGCUGUGGCUUUGGCAUCUCAUGCCCAGGAGGGACCAAAAAGAAGGGAACUUGUCCAGUUGCCUCACAAAAGAAGAGUUAAACCUACUGGGCGAGGGAAACAGUCAGUUAAGAUUAGGACAGGUGAACAGGAAGGCAGUGGUUUAGAUGGAGAUGUCAGAGUACAAGGCCUGGAUAAAGGAAAGGAGCCGCUUCAUGAUAAGCUUGCUGGUACUCAGGCCACUCUUCCUUCCAACCAUGUGAGGACAGGGACAAAGAGAAGAUUAGUGCAGGUUUCCCGAAAAAGAAGAGCAGCAAAACCUGCUCAGCUGGGAUUUGAGCCAGCCAAUAUCAGUACAAGUGAAGAAGAAGGCAGCCCUGGUUCAGAUGGUGCAAGGACAAAAGGUUUGGCUCAAGGAGAAAAGGUAAUAAACGAUGAUAAUAUGAACAGAGCAAACAUGGAUGCAGUAGAACAUGCUCAGUUAGAUGUAGCUGGAGUACCCACAGAGUUAAAACAAGAGGCGGAAGGAUCAAUAGAUGCAGAACGUGCAAAGUUAGAAGGAAAAAGCCCAGAGAAGAAUCCUAUUUUUGAAGAGGAGAAAGGACCAGUUAUACACAGGACAGAAGUAAUGAGUGAUCCUUUGCAUGCUAUGCUGUUAGAUAUGAUCCCAGGUCUUCGCACCAAGAAUGAUGAUGGGAAAAGCUUAGCUCAGGUAAGAGAGACUCAUGAAGCAACAAAUAGCGAAGCUCCGGCAAAGAAGAAGAAAGUGAGUUACAGGGAUAUGGUUGGAGCACUUCUCAAAGAUUGAUAUUUACCAUAUCGAUCAAGAAGUUUGGUGUCCAUCAUUUUUUCUGUGAUCAGGUGGUUUGGUGUCCAAACAUGUUUGCGCAUGACCUGUGGAUGACUCUGCCUGUGAAUGAUAGUGUGUCUGAGUCCUGCCCCUGGCAACAGAUGGAUGCAUUACUCUUCGUGUGAAUAUUUCUCUGCGACAUGCCCAAGGAGGCAUACUUAUCUUUGUGGGCCAUCACAUGUCGGGAUUAUGUAAAUUUUUUCUCUCUAUGUAUUUCCUGUUUGCGUAUCAUGAUGUUGAAAUCUCUAGAUAAUGCGCAAAUAUCUACAUUGCUUCAUCUCUAGGCCCAUUGUGGAGUGAUUGCUGAGACUUGGUACCUGGAUUUGGCACAGACACAAGGUGAAUGUUUUGUAAGUAUCUUGAGUCUUAUUUUUUUGCAGGUUAUUUUGACAAUUGAUACGGCUCGACUUUGAGCCAUGUCUUGGGGAAAAAGAAUCUCAAUUUAUGAAAUCUUUAUAUAGCUUAUGAUUUAGGAU